AUGGUCUGGGCUGAUCUCAAUGCUCGGAAGCGCCGAGGAAGCUUCUGGGGCGCGAUAGAGACUUCCACUCACCGUUGUACUUUCGGCCAGGAUGCAGAUGAAACCGCCCAGCGGGACCUUGGGGCGUCACUCGGGAGGGGGGAAGGAGCGAAUGUGAACGAGUCGCGGUGCUUCGUUACGCAGUGCCGGGACGAAAACAAUAUGGUGUAA